AGCUUUUUCUACGCCCAUAAUCCGUCCACGAAAAUAAGCCGCCGGAGUGAGGAAUUUUAGUAUGGAAGGCAGUCCAGUGUCGAAUUUGGUCAACAACAUUUUUUAUUCCCAAUUUGCUACGUGAGGCUUGUUUUAUUCGAAUAGAAGUUUCGGAAUGGUUAGGUUGUUAUGAAUGCACUGAUGUAAGUGGACGCACUUGGCAUUUCUUGUAACUUUGAAACAAGUUGUGGCUGUCAAAGAGAUAAGAGGACUCAUCGUGGAAAUAACACGUUUUAGCGUGGACGUUGUCAUUGAGGGCUUCCACCUUUUUAAAGUAGUCAUCUGGGCUUCCUAUGAGUUGGGAGCAAUCAGCCAACGAAUUAGAAAAUUGACUGCUUUUAAAUGGAAAUAGCCUCAAUGGCACGUCCCAUGCUGUCACAGACGCUUUAAUGGCACAGAUAGAUCUGGCUUUUCAAAGGUUUAUCACCUGGCCAAUUCCUGUGUUAGCUCGGAACUCUGCUAUGCCUAGGAACCAUCAACUUAGCUUCUGUUUCCAACGACCACUAUUUUCAGACGGACCUGUACCACCGGAUGAAUCAAGUUUUCACUUGACAAGGAAACUUAACUCCAAAAAUAAAUUCAGUCUACAAAUCAAAGUGCCAUAGUGUGGAGCUAACUUAAUUGGUAAAAGUACCAAUAUUUGUAAGAUAAUAAUGCCUAACCAGUCAGUUUAAUUAACUAGCUGUCGUUAACUUUCUGCAAACAUGGCGACUGUAACUCGAGCAGCACCGCUCCGGAUCCUGUGCAUACACGGUUACCGACAGAACAGCGGCUCGUUUCGCGAGAAGACUGGGGCCCUACGGAAGCUCCUGAAGAAGUAUGUGGAGCUGGUUUACAUGAGUGCGCCUCACCGGGUACCGCAAACAGUCGACGCAGCCCAAGGGAAGGAGAAUGAAGUGGGCCCUGGAGGUGAUGAGGCCCCCAGGGGAUGGUGGUUCUCUGACACCCAGGCUCGGAGCUUCGAUGCCGGGCAGCAGUGUCAGGCGAGCCUGGGGCUUGAGGAGAGUGUGGAGGCUGUGAGGACAGCAGUGAAUGACCUGGGCCCGUUUGACGGUGUGCUCGGGUUCAGCCAGGGCGCUGCUCUAGUUGCCAUGCUCUGUUGUAUACAGGAGCAGAAUCUAGAACCACAAUUCCAGUUCCGCUUCGCUAUCCUGGUGGCCGGGUUCCGGAGUGCUUGUUUGGAACACCAGGGGUUCUAUGGCAGCCCUGCUCCACUCGCCAUCCCGUCCCUGCACGUCUUUGGACAGGAAGACCAGGUCAUUUCUGAUAGGAUGAGCCGGGAGCUCCUUCCCCUGUUCCAGGAGCCUCAGGUGCUGACUCAUCCUGGUGGCCAUUUUGUGCCAGCGGCCUCGGCACACAGACAGACCUAUCAGGAGUUUCUCAAGAGGUUUCAGUAAGGGAAGGAGAAGCAUGGAAACUAUUCCAUCCUAGAAGUUUCAGAGGAGGUAAAUGUCUGAAAAUGAAGAGCAUAACUUCAUGUGGAUGUUGCUCAUCCAAAGACAGCAAGUAACGAGAAUGUUGAUUUAAGUUAACACAGUUAUCUUGUGUAUCCAGAAAUUGUAAAAAUAUUUUAUUGGAAAGUGUCUUUAAUUUUCAUACAAUGUUAGUAGGCUACCACAGUAACAAAAUGACUCCAUAACAAUUCUAUUGUCAUUCUCAGGGGGGGUAUAACAUUUUUGUUGAAAAAUAAAUUCCAAUAAACAUUGACAUUUA